GCCCGCCAGCCAGCCCGUGCCCUGACCUCCGGUGGAUGCAGGUGAGGCGAGGGAGCGCGGAGGGGCGGAGGGGAGGGCUCGGCGGCUGAUUUAUACUCGGCUCGCUCUCCGCCGAGUGCGAGCUUACAACGCACGGUUGACUGGAAGAUAAGAAAUCUAUUUUAGUUUCCUUUAGGUCCAUUAAUAAUGUUAACGUAACCUUCCAAUGAAGCAAAACAUCCCAAGGUACUUCCCAAGUGAAUCAAGGAACACAGGCAACCAAUAGCUUGGUCAAAGAGGUGAACAUGUUGGCAAAAGGGAUAAAGCGAAAAUUUUCUGAAGAACAAGUUCUGGAUGCCUGCCUUGAUCCUGUUGUUGGCAAUGUCAGUUUGCCAUAUAACUUGCAACGCCAGUCACUUCUAAAUAUCUCAUUGUUCAAACUGCAGCUGUGUAAAAUGCUGGUGGAACCAAAUCUUUGUCGGUCAGUGCUUAUAGCCAACACGGUGCGACAGAUCCAGGAGGAAAUGAUCCAAGAUUGCAGCUGGCAGGAACAAACGGCUUUCACGGGAAGCGAUCUAUACGUAGGUCACACUUCCUCAGAUAGUCUGAUUGCCACAGAUUUCUUAUGUACUCCAACAAAAGAGCUACAUGUGGAAAGUUCCACUGCCUCCGCAAGUAAUUCCAGCAAUGUUACUAAAAGCAAGGUAAACUGCUCAUCUUGUGAGAAUAUUACUUGUUCUGCAGCUGCUGCUUCUGUUAAAGACACCAGUACUGUAAAAGAUCUGAUUGAAGUGCAUUUUGAAAAUGAUCUGAAUAUGUUGGAAUCUGAGGAGCAGCAAGUGGAUCUGAAGGAGUGUCCAAAGCCCUUGGAUCAAGUAUUCGGGAGUUUUGAGAUUGCAAAUUACUCCAGCUCUCUCACAGACAUGACAAUAGAUGAUUUAUUUGCGGAUAUUGAUACUUCUUGGCAUGAGCUAGACUCAGUUGUGUCUGGAUUGAUGACCAGUCCAAAAACGACACCAGUCAUAUUUGAGUUAUUAAAUGGCUUACCAUCACAUGCGUCAACACCCAUAAAUUCUGCCCAAAACUGUAAAACAGAUCUAACCGAGCUCGAUCACAUUAUGGAGAUUAUUGUGGGCUCCUGAGUUUAAGAAUUUUCUUCCUUUUUUAAGAUACUUGCAAAUCACCUGAUUGUAUCUCUUGUGAAGUUUUCUGACCAGUUUUCAGAAUCUUGUCACCAGCAGUGCUCAGAUAAUGCCUUUUGCUUGCAUUGCGUUUGUUCUUCUACUUGUCAGAAUUGUUCAAACUAAAAAUGGUACAUAUUUUCAUACUCCAUUAAAUAUAUAUUUUAAUACAAAUCUAGAUUUUUUACAGUUUCAAGACUUCCCUGUGUAAUUUUUACUUCUCGGUUUUCUAAGUAACUUUUGUUUUGUAUCUGAGCAAUGAGUGAGAGAAGUUUUAUGAAUGUCUUCCUUAGCUGUGCCAAGUAAAAGUUGCAUCUUGUAACAAAGUUACACGUUCAAUUUAAAAAUUACCACACAAAUGGAACCCUUUCAAUUCAACAUUGUAAUUCAGAAAAAAUAUAUAAGAAGGGAAUUGUCACUAAAGUGUAGGGAAAAUAUACUUGCAUUGCUGUCUUACAAGCACAAAAUUCUUAAUUAUAAUCUUUGAAUUUAUUGUAUUAAUAGAUGAAUGUGCUAUAAUGGUAUUGAAUUGUUUCCUUGCUAGAUACUCUGUGGACUUGACAUGAAAAUGUUCCACUUUGUUCUCUGUAAUCGCAACA